AUGUCGGAAAAUAAUACUCAAGAGGACGUUCUCGAAGAGUUGAACGCUUUUAUCAACGACACCAAGGGUUUGGUCGAUAAAGUUAUCAAAAUGAGAAUGGAAUGCCAGAGAUCACAAAUGGAGCUGCUUCGCUUGUUCAAUCCCGUCUGCGUCAAGAUACUCGAGAUCUCCAACGAGUGCAUCAGAGACAAUAAUGGUCCGGACGUCGGCGAGGCGAAAAAGAUCCUGGUCAAGCGCUACUACGACAAGAAAUUCGGAAAGGUCAGAUUUCAGCCGGUCGACAAUCGAGCACAGUGAGAUACUAGAACGAAACUUUUUUUUUUGUCCAUUGUUUAAACAGAUUUUAUUUGUAGACGUUAACGUCGCCGAAUAAUAUAUUAUUAUUUGUACAUUCAAUCGAAACAUAAAUAUACAUUUCCUUAGUUGCAAAUUUCUUAUA